ACCCAUGAGUUCCUGAUUGGGGGAUAUCGUUCGACGGCGAUGGCUUCGUCUGCUUCGCGAGCGGAGGUGCUCUCGUUGUUCCGCUCGCUCCUCCGCACGGCGACGAAGUUCUCCGACUACAACAUACGGGAGUACGCGAAGAGGCGUGCGAUCGAUGGGUUCCGUGACAACCGGGGUCUCACCGAUCCCUCCUCCAUCGUUGCGGCUUUCGCCGACGGGAAGUCCCAGCUCGAGGUCGCAAAGAGGCAGGCGGUGGUGUACUCUCUCUACGCCCCGAGGAUAAAAAGCGUCAUGGAGGCCGAGAGCCCGUGAAGCACUCGGUCGAAAGGCAGGUUCCUUCAGGCAAUUCUAUUUUCAUGAAAUCAAGACGAGAACAGAGACUCGGUUUGUGUUUCCUCCUGAUUAAGAAAUAUUUAUUAUGUAUGUGAUACACUGGAAAACUCUGGUCUUUCUUUUGAAGAUAGAACCAUAAAUUAGAGCUGUUAACUGUUUUACUGUAUCCAUUGGUUAUGAAUUUUUGCCUCUUCUCAACUGGAAUGAAUUUUAUAUUUUGGAUCA